CCGCCGUACGCUGCAAACAUCACUGAACACGGAGUCAGAAUGGAGAUGAACGGAGUCGUUUCCGAGUAUCUGAAGAAGUGUGUUGAGACCAAACACAUCGGUUUGUGCAGAGAAGAGAAGGAAUCGGACGAGACCGCGGAUGAAAGCAAAGCGUCGCACAUCGAAAAAGCCUACAGCACGAUACUGACGGAGCUCGGGGAGGACCUGAACCGAGACGGACUCCUGCGAACACCGCUACGCGCCGCCAAAGCCAUGCAGUUCCUCACCAAAGGCUACAAAGAAACCCCUCAGGAUGUCUUGAAUGACGCCGUCUUUGAUGAAAACCACGAGGAGAUGGUGAUCGUCAAGGACAUUGACUUGUUCUCUCUGUGUGAACAUCACCUAGUACCCUUCUUUGGCAAGGCGCAUAUAGCAUAUCUUCCAAAUAAGAAGGUGGUCGGUUUGAGCAAGAUCGCAAGAAUCGUGGAGGUCUACAGUAGGAGACUUCAAGUCCAGGAGCGUCUAACCAAGCAAAUCGCUUCCGCCAUCGUUGAGGCGCUGGAGCCUACUGGAGUAGCGGUGGUCAUCGAGGCUGUUCACAUGUGUAUGGUAAUGAGAGGCGUUCAGAAGAUCAAUGCUAACACGGUAACGAGUGCCAUGUUGGGAGCCUUCAACGAUGACCCCAAAACCCGAAAGGAGUUCCUUGAUCUCACACUGUAACACCACAAGGCUGACUUUCGACGGGCCAAGAACUGUACCCCCGUGGAAAUCCGCUCACAUUUUGCAUCGUAACUGUGGAUGACAA